UGUCACUGGUUGUUUACGUUUCUUGAAGGUUUCACUAUAUUUUACGGGAAAAGGUUUUAACGAUUAUAGCGAGUAAAUAGCUAAGAAAGUCUCCAUGUAAGAAGUGCAAGAUGGUGUUCGAAUGCUUCAAUUGCCAUGCGACGGAGAAUUUGUACAAGGCCCCUCAGUCAACGGAAAUGCGUCAAAAAUGGUUGGAGUUGUUCCCGGAAGGAGACGAAACGAUAUUCAGUGAUUCUUUCCGGCUGUGCGCCGAGCAUUUUGACAACAAAUACAUCCUCCCGGGAGGCAUUUUAUCGGCACGUGCAGUACCCACUAAGUUUCUGGUGCACAAUGUUUGGUGCGAGAUAGAAGAUGAAUUUGACGAUGAUGAACAAUUAGACUGUAUGUCAGAUGACGACGUGGAGUUUAUAUCAGAAAGUAUUCCUGUUUCACCAGAACCCAUUAACUUCUUCGGAACACCAGGCAAUAUCACGAGAAACUUAAGUCAAGUUUACUGUACAUUGGGAGGCAGUCAGGAAAAAAAUCCAAAUGACGGAGUAAAGUCUGAACAAAUGGCACCUGUUAUAGAGAGAAAAACACCAGAACUAAUAGCAACUUGGUCGACAGAUUCGAUGCCUGAAAACUCUCCAGUGAUCUCCAAAGUAAUGAUAUUACAGAAUGUGCAAAAGGUUGAAAGUAUUCGAUGUAAUGAUAUAGUCCCCUCUAAACCUCACCCUAUAGUCGUGACGCAAAUAUUGCAAACGCCAGAAAUGAAAGUAGGACCACAAAAUGAUAAAAUAAUUAUUACUCAGCAAAAUGUAAUUGAGGCAAAAGCAUGUAAACCGCCUGCACACUUAGGCAGCUCUCCUAGUUUAGCAGAAAAUAAGGUUGUGGGAGGGUUCAAAAUGACACCGAAAGAUAGUCAAGUGGACGCAAACAGUGUUGUUGAAGUGAAAGUUGUUUUGCCCGCGAAAGAAACAAUUACGCCCUGCAGUCCAUCGGGCAAUGAGUCGCCGCUAUCAAAACCUAUUGCAAAAUUAACAGAGGAUAAGGUGGCUGUAAAUGUAGCGCCUCAAGAAAAGGGAGCAGUCUCAACGAAUCCUACCGUGUCAGUGGUCAUUCUUGAAAAUACUAAUGUGAUCGCAACCCCACCAUCAUCGAUACCGACAGCCUCGCCGUUGACAUGCCCAGAAAGACCUAAACCUCCACAAAAGCGAGUGAGUUUUUCUCCAAAAAUCGAAAUUGCGCAUCUCUCACCAGAACCGCCGAAAAUCCCAAAAAUAGAUCCAGUGACCAUAACGCGAUCAGGACGAAAGGUCAUGAGAAAACGAAACGAUUCACCCGUAAUUCAACGCAAACAACGAGCCCCCUAUAAACAAGAUACACCUCUGAAUAAUCGAAAGCGGAAAAAUGUACAAGCAGCCGUGGUCAUGCUGAAAAGGCUGAACUUCCCAAAUAACGAAAAACCACCCUUAGGCACCAUGUUGGACAUCAAAACUUUGGAGAAAUUGAAUAAUUUUAGUGUUUAUAAGAAAAAAUAUAGAAACGGUCAUGGCGAGGAUGGGAAUAUCACUCAAAGUAAAUCACCUCCUGGACCGAAAAGUCGGCAAGUUAUGAGCAAAUCAAUGGACAAAUCUAAAGGGUCAAAGGCCAGUGUUCCUCCUCAUGUACCAACGAAUCUUCCCAUUUGGAAACAAUUGGAUUUGUGUAAGCAAGAGCUAAAAAUAUGGGAGUCGCGGGCAGACGCUCUUAAUCGACAAUUUUACAUAUUUGACGCAAAACAUACGAGGUUAAAAGAAUUUUUAGAUAAAUUAGUGGAAAAUAGAAUGAUCUCCAAAAAAGAGAGUUAGGAUUAGUUGUAAGUUUUAUUGUAGAUUAAGGUUAUAAUGAAUGAACCCUUUGUCUUGUUCAUUAAAUAUUUUA